UUCAAGAUGUCAGCCUCCUUGAAAAUGAAAACUUUUUCAAAAUAUUUUACUAAAAGCAGAAAUAUUUAAACCUGUGUACAAAACUGUUUUGUUUGACGGAUAAUUCAACGAAGAUAUAAACAGAAUUAUAUGUAAUCAAUGUUCAAAAGCAAAAUCAUAACUCAGAAAGUAUGAUCCGAGGUGUCAUUUCAAAAUUGGGAAAAGGGGGCGUGUCCCUGAAAAACUAUAAAUGUUUCCAAAGACAAUCACUCACAACAGAAUGGCUGUAUCCUUCAUAUAAACAACCAGGUGUGUCAUUUAGUACCUCUACAUGCUGUGGAUCAAAAGAUCUAGAACUGACAAGUGUAAGGUACAAUGUAGAGAGGGGCAACUAUUCCAAAGUUACUGAAGCUGAUAUUGCUGAAUUUGCAAAGAUUGUGCCAAACCGGCUAGUUACAGAUGCUGAUGAAAUAGCCGGGUAUAAUACAGACUGGCUCCGUAUUGUUAAAGGGGCUAGCCAAGUGCUGUUGAAACCAAAGACAACCAAAGAGGUCUCUGCCAUACUGAAGCAUUGCAAUAACAGGCACCUUGCUGUGGUGCCUCAGGGAGGAAACACAGGUCUGGUUGGAGGUAGUGUACCUGUGUUUGAUGAGAUCAUCAUAUCUACGCAACUUAUGAAUAACAUCAUAUCACUGGAUGAUCUAUCAGGUACUUUAGUUUGCCAGUCAGGGUGUGUUCUAGAGAGCCUAGAUAACUAUGUAAGCGAAAAAGGGUUCAUCUUCCCCCUUGACUUGGGUGCAAAGGGCAGUUGCCAUAUUGGAGGAAAUGUCUCCACCAAUGCAGGAGGUCUCAGGCUACUCAGAUAUGGCUCUCUGCAUGGAUCUGUGCUGGGUGUAGAAGCUGUGUUAGCAGAUGGUAGAGUGAUAGACUGUCUGUCCACACUGCGUAAAGACAACACUGGCUAUGACAUGAAGCAAAUGUUUAUAGGAUCAGAGGGCACUUUAGGAAUGGUCACUGCUGUAUCUGUUCUAUGCCCAACUAGACCCAAGGCAUGCAAUGUGGCCUUUCUGGGCUGCACUAACUUCGCAGAUGUUCUUUCCACAUUCAAAUCUGCCAAGGGUAUGCUAGGAGAAAUACUCUCAGCUUUUGAAUUUUUGGAUCAUCAGUGUAUAGAGGUUGUAGAACAGCAUCUUGAUGGUGUUAAGAGUCCACUAGAGACUGAUUACCCAUUCUAUGUUCUCAUUGAGACGUCAGGAUCAAAUGCUGAACAUGAUGAGGAGAAACUUAAUCAGUUCCUUGAAUCAGUCAUGUCCAAGGGAACAGUACAGGAUGGCACUGUCGCUACUGAUAUGACCAAAAUAAAGGCAAUAUGGGGCCUGAGGGAGAGAAUAGCAGAGGCGUUGCUUCAUGAUGGCUACUGUUAUAAGUAUGACAUCUCUUUACCUAUCAACAAGAUAUACGACUUGGUUGAGGUGAUGAGAAACAGACUCGAAAAAACUGCUGUUCGGAGUGUAGGAUACGGACACCUUGGUGAUGGUAACCUUCACUACAACACAACAUCUAGAGAGUUUAAUAAGGACCUAUAUGGUCAAAUAGAGCCCUUUAUCUUUGAAUGGACUGCCCAGCACAAGGGAAGCAUUAGUGCAGAGCAUGGUAUGGGCUUUAUGAAGAAAAACUAUAUGAGAUACAGUAAAUCUGAAGGAGCUUUUGAUUUGAUGACUCAGAUGAAGCAGCUAAUGGACCCCAAUGGUAUAUUAAAUCCGUAUAAAACAUUACCCAAGCAGUAUUAGGACUGUUGUCUGAUAUAGAGCCUCUAUACAGUCAAUAACAUCCAGGGUAGAUUCAAAACUAAUUUGACGUAGAAACAAGGACACAUUUUGAUGCCGAUCCAAAGUUCGACGUAGAAAUGACGUCAAAUGUUUUUGCUUGUUAUUUUUUUGUCAGUUAAACGAUGUCAAAAAUUGAUACAGAUUCAUCGAUAAAUUGAUGCUGAAACAAUGCCUCAAUUUUGGUGCCAAAUGCUGGUGUAGCGAACAAUAAAAGCCGAUCAUAAAAAUUGAUCUACAGGUUGUAUUUACAGAGUGGUUCAAUUUGUGGUUACAUUUGUAUCUGUGUUUUGCACCGGUUUUGCAGAGAUUAUGAAAUAUCAUGUAACAUAAUAAUAAUUCAAUUUAACUUAUGCAUUUAUUAAUCAUUUAAAAAAUGAUUUGAUAUUUGAACAAUUUUUAACCACCUUGGAGAAAAACUGUAAAAUUGUGCCAUGCAAAAUCACUGUCUAUGUGUCUAGUCAAGUGGAUAUAUAAGUAAAACUUCAAAUCAAGAAAAUAUUCCGUUAGAUAUUUUUGUGUUUUUUUAUUUUAGAAAAAAGUGA